UGUGCACUUCGCUACCCCACAGGACUACAAUUAUCCUACGCACACUUUGUUUUCACUGAGGAGCGACAAAGACAACACACAGAGUGGCAUCAUGGGGAGCAGCAUGUCAUGUGUCCCCCAACACAACCUCACCUUCUCCAGCAAAAGUUUCAUCCGCAGAAAUAGCAGUCGCCUGUUUCGCAAGAAGAACCCCCAAGAGGGUCAGGAGAAGUCCAACAGCAUCAUCAAUAUCCUCUGCACUGUCACACCCAGAAAGGCAAUGUCCCCCAAAGACCUAGAGACCAUCGAGAACAUCAAAUGGGACCCUCCGUUCCCGUAUGACCCGGCCAGCGGCUGGAAGAAGAGCAGUAUCAAUGUGAAGAACUAUGGACGGCUGAUUCAUAGCUCCAAAGUCCGUUUCCGCUUCUUGCACUGUCAGGAUAUACAUGAUUGUUACUUGGAUCUCUUCCAGACACAUCUUCACUUUGUGUCUAACAACACCCCCGGACUCACAUACCAGGGAACUCUUCCACUGAAGGAACUGACCAUCUGCAACCUGCAACAAAACUGUAACCACAGCCAACCGCUGGAAUACGCCUUUCAAAUAAAUGGUGUCAGCCUUAACCCCAUCAUCGUCUACUGUGCCAACCAACAAGAAAUGGACCAAUGGUUUGGUCUUCUUAAAGAAAACAUCGAAGCCAAUGGCGGCACUGCCUUUGCGGCAGAAAACUGCACCAGAGUGAAACAGAAGAGCGCUGUCAGUAGAGAGGAGCUGAGGAACUCCAUCAACAGAGAGCCCAUCUAUGAGUGGGAGGGGUUGCAGCGUGACAGCCUGGGCCCCAUCACCUACGUCACCAAAGUUCGACUGCAGCACAUGCCUUGUCAGGAACAAAGCGACAGACUACUAGUGAUGUACACGUCAACCAUGAUCAUCCUAUCGGAGGAAGAAGAUGGCCUCUUCUACAAGGGCAAACUUCCGCUCAACAUGAUCACAGUGACGACACCCUGCCAAGAUGUCAAGCCCAACACCUUUAUGAUUGAAGGCAAGCUCAUCAACCCCAUAGUGGUGUCUUGUAUGGAUCGGAGCGAGUUCUGCGACUGGAUCCAGCAUUUCAAAGCUGCUGACGUGCCCGUUCUCAGCCCCCCGCCCCCGGUUUAUGACAUCAUCUACACGCCUACGCACAGGGAGACUCCACAGUUUGACAGGUGGAGUGGAAACAGUAAAGUCCACCCCGAGCCCCUCAAGUUCAGCCAGAGUGGACGUGGAUCCCACAACCUUCCGUUCCCCACUCAUGAAGACAACCCACUGUCCCCAGGAUACUCGGAACCUCUAUGUUACACCUCCAGUCGUCCCUCCUCCACCGAGACCACCCGCCUGGGAAGCAGGACCAACAGCGUCUCUUCCCACAACAAACCCGAACGUGACUCCCGACCUUUCCCUCUGCGCUACUCGUCCCCCCAACGCAGCUCCUACCUCCAAUCUGCAGAGAACUCAGUGGGCAUGCCACACUUGUACAGCACGCCCUACUCUGGCCCGCACCACUUGGAGAAAGGCCCGCUUGUCAAGUCAAACAGCUGGAACACAUCUCAGACGUCUCUUGGUUACCCCAUGAAUGCCCCACAAAGACACUCGGACAUGUGCGCUCCCAGACAGCCCUUGUCGCCCCUCUACGAUGAGCCCUGCAGCCCUGAAAUCUAUGCCUUGGAGGAAGCCAGGCCAGUGGAGAGCUGGCCCGAGCCCACUCCUCUGUUCCACCACCAGCAGGGGCCUUGGCUCCCACCCUCUGAUUUCCAGCUCCACAGCCCACCAUUGCACAGGAGCAGCAGGAGAAGCUUGGUCCUGACCAAUUCCCAGGGGCAGGCUCUGGGCUUGGACAUGGAGACCCAAGCUGACCAAAGAGCAGAGGCCGUGUCAAGGCUGAAGCUGCUGUCUGCACCAUCAAAAGGACACGAGCAGGGACACCUCAGGUCCAAUGUUGUGAUCAACACGUCUCAGCUGUUGUAUAAUUACUCACCAGAUCUUCAUUCAUACCUCCAACCCAUAGAGCCAGAUGACCAGGAAAUAGACUAUGACAACAUUUGGGAGUACGAUCGCAAUACCGGAAUGAUUCAGUCCACGUCUGGAAUUCCGACACACUGGACCGGAUUAAAUAGUGGGGCCAGAGGCCUUGGUGCCAUGGUGACCCAGCAGAAAUGGUCAUAAAACACAACAAAAGGCCGACACUCGUCUGGGCAUGUGCAAACAACAAAUCUCUAUCAGAGGGAUCAUAAAAGUCAACUGGUGCAGUCCGUGUUGGCCAAUGAGCGUACAGUAGAGAAGGAAGCUUUACAUGUCAGCUAGUAGAGAAAUGACAAAGAAGAAAUAAACAAGAAAGAAGAAAAAAACAAAACAAUUGGAGCAUCAAAAGCAGAUUUCAUCUGUUUAACUGUGAUGUAGCAUAGUUUGUGUAGUUUUAAUGUUAUUUUUAUAUUGUAUUCCUGUAUAGCAUUUUUGCUACUGAAAUUUUUAUUUGUUUUUGUUUGAGUUAAAACUCUCAAAAAAAACAUUCCAGCAGGGCUUGUUAAUCAAGGAACUUACUGUAUAUAUUUUAUACUGUACAUUGCAUUUCGUAUUGUGCAACCCUGUCCUUGAAAAAUAGGUGACCACUGCAAAGGUGACUACUUGUAUAACACUCCUGCUCCUUUCUGAUACCAGUGUGGCUUCUUCAUUAAUAUUUGUUUGACAUCUUUAUUUAUAUCAGAAAAAUAAACUGUAAGCCGACACAUUUUUGUC